AUGGAGGCGAGCCAGGUGGAGAAGGAAGAGGCUGGACACGGCGCGUCGCGCUCGCCGACGCCGCGCGCGUGUGAGGAGGAGGAGGCGGAGGGCUCGCCCGAGCCUCUUCGCGCGGAGCGGGGGGAGGCGAGCCGCGAGAGACGCGACGACUCCACACUCGGCCGCGAUCGCUCCCCCUCUCGUCGGUCGCGGUCGCCGCGCUCUGCGUCUCGGCGCGGCUCGCGGUCGCCGCGGUCGCGGUCCGGACAGCGCCGCAGGGCGAGUGGGCGCCGCAGCCGCAGCCGCAGCAGCGGCAGCGGCUCCCCAGGCGCCCGCGGGCGCUCGGCGUCUGCCUCGCGGCGGCGCGACGACCGCUCGCUGUCGGCGGCGCGCGGCAGCAGGCGAGGCGGAGGCGACUCCCGCUCUCCGGACUCCUCGGUCGAGAGGCGCGGCGGAGGGCGACGCGUCUCCGUGGACAGCCUCGGCCGCCCGCUGUUUGGCCGGCUGAGAGACAUCGACAUCAAGCGCGCACGUGGCGGCAUGUCUGACAGCUGCUACGCCUUCGUGGAGUUCGAAACGAUUCGGGCGGCGGAAGACGCAGUGGCGACUCGGCACGGACACGUCUUCCACGGGCGCUCGCUGCGCGUGGAGUUCACCUCCGCGCCGGCCUCGCGGCGCUUCGGGUCGGUGAACCCGAACACGAUUCCGGCGGGCGGCGGCAGCUACUUGAACGGAACAGUCUCCGGUCCUCCGCGGCGCACAGGGCACCGCGCGCUGGUCUCCUUCCUGCCGGUGGGCUGCCGCUGGCAGCAUUUGAAAGACCACAUGCGCAGAGCGGGACCUGUCGGCUUCGCGGAGGUGCUGUCCCAGGGCCGCGGCGUCGUCGAGUACGAACACGCCGAAGACCUGCAGUCGAGAAAGACUACUCGCGCGACUACGACGACCGGUAUUCGCCGCGCUACAGCUCGCGCAGCCGCAGCCGGAGCUACCGGCGGUCUUCGUCCUAUAGACGGAGAAGCGCGUCGAGCCGAGGCCGCAGGCGGAGCGAGGAGGACAGCAGCUGCGACAGCCGCAGCGGGGAGGGGCGCCACGAGCGGAGGCGGCCCAGGCGAGAAGACGAUGACAGCCUGA